UUCAGAGAGUUGCUUCUAGAUCCACAAACAUGGCUUCUGGUCUUGCUGACACUUUGCAUAACGAUCCCGAGCGGUGUAAUCACCACCUUUUCGGCUGUCUUGAUCCACAGCUUUGGGUUUGACUCAAGGCAAAGUGCACUUCUCAACAUGCCAUCUGGGGCUGUGAGCAUCUUUGCAACGAUGUUAUCAACUUGGGCAAUUGUGAAGCAGGCACCCAGGUGGCUGUCCAUCGUAGGUCUCUUGAUACCUGCUCUGAUUGGUGGUGCUCUGCUUUCUUUUGAGGGCAUCGAUCGUUCAGCUGGGUCUCUCGCUGGUAUCUAUUUGGUCAACUUUAUUGUGGCUCCGUUGGCUAUCAUAUAUAACUGGGUUGGCGCUAAUUACAACGGCCACACGCAGAAAGUGACCGCAAGUGCGGUGAUUUCUGCUGCAUUCGGCGUUGCAAACAUUAUCGGCCCCCAAACAUACCAAAAGGACGAUGCCCCAGGAUAUCUUCCAGCCAAAAUCACCCUGAUGGUUGUCAUAGCGUUUGCUAUUCCUAUCACGCUAGCAUUACGUGCACUCUAUGUCCAUCGAAACUCGAGACGAGCAUCUGACGAAUGCGAGUAUCGCUUGUGA